CGGCAUCAUAACCUACCAGAAGAUCAAGCCCGUCGUUACUUCUACCAGCUUGUUACUGCAGUCCAGUACCUCCAUGCUCUGCAGAUAGCUCACCGAGACUUGAAAUGCGAUAACAUUCUUCUGACACAAGAUGACAAGGUGAAAUUAACAGACUUCGGAUUCAGUCGCAGAUGUGUUGAUACCGCCGGAAAAAGAAUAUUGAGUAAGACUUACUGCGGCAGCGCAGCCUAUGCUGCUCCUGAAGUUCUCCAAGGCGUACCCUACAAUCCCAAGAUGUACGACGUAUGGAGUCUAGGUUGUAUACUCUUCAUCAUGCUUACUGGAACUAUGCCAUUUGAUGACUCCAACAUAAAGAAGAUGGUUAAGACCCAACUACAUAAACGUGUUAGAUUACCUGCUGGUAUAGCCUUCAUACUCACAAAAGAAUGUGAAGAACUGCUCCAUCACAUAUUGCAGCCUGACGUUACGAAACGAGCGACUGUAGAUCAGGUGUUACGCCAUUCUUGGCUACAGGGUGCUAUUUAA